UGCUGUUAAGAUCGAGUCUUUGGGGGAAGUCCAUCUGAAAAAAGGCUCAGCGCUCAGUCUGUGAAAACCUUGUUGCCUUCAGACAGAGAAGCCACACAGGCUGCAGGAAGCUCACCAACUGACAUCUGAAUUUAUUUCCUUUUCUCUCAUCACCACUGCCUUCUGCCUUCAGAAUGGCCAGCGCCAAGUCCCAGACCACUCGGAAUGUCAUUAUUGCACUUCUUGCUUUGUGGUUUGUAAUUUCACUUAUUGUUAUUGUUGUUUGGGCAACCUCAUCUGACAUGAAGAGUGCGAACAAGUGCCGAGCAGAACUGGAAACCCUGACUGAGAAGCUGGAGGGAGCCAAGGUGGUGUGGGCAAAGGACAAGAAAGCACUGGAGGAGCACCUGGAGAAGAGCUGGGACAACCAGACCCUGCUGGGCAGACAGAUUGAAGUGCUGAUGGAAAACUUUCAAGUGACCAACGCCUCCCUCAUUGACUAUCAGCAACAAAAUAUCAUUCUACUAAGAAAUGUUACAGCGCUGGAAAAUGAAACCGAUAUGUUAAGAGACGCUGUGGCAAACCUCACUUCAGCGAUCCAACAACGAGAUGAUCAUAUCAAAUACCUGUCUCUCAACCUCACUCAAAUGUCCCACCUGAUGGAGUCAUGUGAAGCUCUGCGUGUCGCUGCCGAAAGCCAGCAGAAAGCUGCAGAGAGCCAGAAGAAGGCCUGUGACAGUGUCAGUCAGCACCUGAGGGGCGAACUAUCACAGUGCAAAAUUAAGGACAAAGGAAGCAGUGCCCAGGAUCACUCUCAAUGUAGUGGGUCAAUGGGACAGCACAGCAGCGCCGUGGCGAUGCUCCUCUUCGUCAGCCUCAGCUUCAUUUUAUCCUGAGAUAAUCUGGACUCAUAAUCCAGUUCAACACUGUUCUUCAGCGUGGCAAGGUGAUAUAUUGUCUACCUGGACUUGAAAGACAUGUAAGAAACACUGCUGUAAAAAUGCAAUAGUUGUGCUUUAGAAGCAAAACAAGAAAAAAACUAUCAAUGAUUCAAUAUAUGCAAGAGCAGAACUGCUUGAAGAUUCAGAUGGUAAAGACUGUAAAUUUUAUCAAUUUAUUUCAGAAAAAGUUUAAAUGUUGUCAAUAAUUUUUCCUACCGCAUUGAGCAUUAACUUCACCAGUAGUGUUAUUAAAUUUGUAGUUUUACAAUAACAAACUGAUACCCAAUCAACCCAUGCGUUUCUUUGUUGUAUGUGAUGAGCUGAUAUGUAGGAUUGUGAAUUAUAUUUCAACAAUUUUGUUAAAAUACAUACAGGGUGAAUUUAUAUCAAGCACAUCAUUUAAAGAUCCUAUCUGUAAAAGAAAUUACAAUAUAGUGUCAACACUGUUUCAGGUAGUUGAGCCAGCAACUUUAUUGCUCUUGCAUUACAUCAUACUAUACAAUACAAUUUAACUAUUCACACACACUGUCUGAAACUGCUGGUCCUGAGCGGGGUCGCAGCAAACCAGAGCCUAA